GGAAAUCUCUCAGAUGUCACCUAAAUAUCUCUAUUUGUGCUCCGAAGAUGCCGGAAGUUCUCUAAACAUGUUUAACGUCAUGUGGUAGUGAACAGUCUGCAAAGGAAAAGACCCAGAAAGAGCUUUUCAACAUGCUGAAGGAGCUGAAAUAUCACCUUCCACCCGACAAACGCAACAAGGGCCGGGCAAGCACGCUUCACGCUCUCAGAUACGCCUUACGCUGUGUCAAACAGGUCAAAGCCAAUGAAGAGUACUACCAGAUGCUCAUGAUCAAUGACAGUCAGCCCUCAGGUCUGGAUGUGUCCUCAUACACUAUUGAAGAAAUCAACAGUAUUACCUCAGAAUACACCCUCAAAAAUGCUGAUAUUUUUGCCAUUGCGGUGUCUCUCAUCACGGGGAAGAUCGUGUAUAUAUCGGAGCAAGCGGCAGGAAUCCUAAACUGCAGGAAAGACGAGUUCACAGACCGCAAGUUUGUGGAGUUUCUGAUGCCUCGUGACGUUAGCGUUUUCUACAGCUUUACCACACCGUACAGACUGCCGUCCUGGAGCAUGUGCACCGGUACAGGUCAGUUUACACAUACAGUAUGAGCUGAUAUAGAAAGGCACAGUAUGUUCUUCACGCCACUACAGGUCACAAAACAAUAACAGAGGAGUAGCUUGAUGAUGCUUUGAAGCAGCAUGGAACGAUGGGAGUUGAGGUCUUCCACUGCUGAUGGAAAUCAAACUUGUAUUUUCUCUCAAUGGAGUGGCUCAGAGAUGACGUAUUUUUGUAGGCUAACCCAGAAGUAAGUGCUGGUUACCUCGACCGAAAGCUUAUGCAUUUUUCCCAUAGACUUUUGGAACAUCGCAAAAAAUAAGAUCUGUGAUUAACAAAUGUUCAUGAUGUUUACACGUUUUGUCUAUCAAGAUAAUCUUUACAGAUUAACACAAUAUUUGCUAUUUUAGAAACUUAAAUACAAUCGGCAGAUGUAAAAAGCUAACACGAUGCUAUAAACAGACUAUGGUCACUCGAU